AUGUACAUAAAAGCAAGCAGUGUUUAUAAAAACAUACAAUCUACUGGUCAGAACAAAUCAACAUUUAAUUGCAAGAAAUAUUUAUUGGAAUCUGACAAUUCACCUGUGAUACAAAGUGCCAUAGCCAAUAUUCAUACCAUAUGGAAAAAUGCCUACUGUGAUAAUUGCUUCGGAAAAUCUCUUGUAUCUGCCACUACAAAUGGCACUGAACUUUCCAACAGUACAUUGAAAUUCCUUUUGCUCUAUCAGAACCUGACUGACUGCAUUAGUAACAAUAUUCUAUAUAAUUUACCAUUCAACAUUUGCAAAAAUUGCCAUCACAUGUAUACUGCAUUAAAUAAACACUUUAAUGACAUUGAAAAAAUAUCUUCUUCAUCUGUGUGCAUGGACAUUAUGGACAGAAUGAACUACACACGUAUUCAAUGGAGUAAAACCUUCAACUGUUCCACAAAAAGACCAAGUGAUACAGCCUUAAUCAGUAGCAUUGUGAUUGGUAGUGUAGCUGUACCAAUCAUAUACUAUGUCAGUGCAUAUGUCACUUCAAAAGGAGUAGCAGUAAUUCGUGGAAAAUUGGUAAGACAUUACCAUACACGAUCAAGGUUAACCCAAAGUCAAAGUUCAUAUGGAUCUGUUGAUGAAAUUCGAGACUAUCCUCUAUCAGACUGGAUACAAUGA